GUGAUCUUUUUUUUGAGAGAAAUAAUAAUGGGGUGCCUUUGUUCAAAAGGAUCCAUUGUGAACGAUUACGUGGCCGAAUACGAAAAGGAAAAAGAAAAAGAGCUACCAAAAUCUUCGGUGCAGCUGAUUCCUCCCUUGAAUAGAGAUCAAGUUAUAGGAGUAGGAAAUAAUCCCAACAAGAAUGAUGCUUCCCUUCAUUCAAGAUCACGUUCAAGAUCAAAGACAGCCUUAGAAUCGAACGUUGCCUCGGUCCCGCCUGUAAUCAUCGAAGAGGAUCCAAAGACAAUGAUCAUCGAACGGCCCAAAAACGGCCACCGGAGACAUUCGACAAUGGAUUUAGGAACCCCACAAAAAAUGUCGAGAAUUACGAGUAUGCCACGCGGCGCAAAUGGCGAGCAAGGAUGGCCCUCGUGGCUAGCUUCGGUUGCAGGGGAAGCCAUCAAAGGGUGGGCCCCACGAAGUUCCGAUUCGUACGAGAAGCUGAACAAAAUUGGUCAGGGUACAUACAGUAGUGUCUACAUGGCACGUGACCUAACGAAUGACAAAAUAGUGGCGAUGAAGAAAGUGAGAUUUGUGAAUAUGGACCCUGAAAGUGUUCGUUUUAUGGCGAGGGAGAUUUGUAUCCUCCGUAAGCUAGACCACCCUAAUGUGAUGAAGCUCGAAGCUCUGGUGACAUCUAGGGUUUCCGGAAGUUUGUAUCUCGUAUUCGAAUACAUGGAGCACGAUCUUGCUGGACUCUUAGCAUCACCGAAGGUUAAAUUUACUGAACCACAGAUAAAAUGUUACAUGCAGCAAAUAUUAAGCGGGCUAGAGCACUGCCAUAGUAGAGGUGUUCUUCAUAGAGAUAUAAAGGGUUCGAAUAUUUUGGUUGAUAAUAAAGGAGUUGUCAAAAUCGGAGAUUUAGGUUUGGCUACCUUUUUCGAGCCAGGCCAAAAGCAGCCAUUAACGAGCCGUGUAGUGACUCUGUGGUACAGAGCUCCUGAGUUAUUAUUGGGUGCAACUUCGUACGGACCUGAAAUUGAUUUGUGGAGCGUCGGUUGUAUUCUUGCUGAGCUUUUUGCUGGCAAGCCUAUCAUGCCUGGAAGAACCGAGGUGGAGCAAAUGCAUAAGAUAUUCAAGCUGUGUGGUUCACCUACAGAGGAGUAUUGGAUGAAGACAAAAUUACCACAUGCCACUAGUUUUAAAUCACAGAGGGUAUACAAAAGACGAGUUUCCGAUACAUUUAAAGAUAUCCCUUCAUCUGCAUUGGCUCUCGUUGAAGUACUUCUCUCGAUCGAUCCAAAACAGAGGGGUACUGCUUCUUCGGCCCUCAGAAGUGAGUUCUUUACUUCGAAGCCUCUGCCCUGCGAUCCAUCUAGCCUACCAAAGUACCCUCCUAGUAAGGAACUUGAUGCCAAGAUUAGAGAGGAGGAAGCUAAAAGGCGAAAAGAGGAGAGUGUCAAAGGGCGAGAAGCUGAAUACGAAAAGAACAAUUCAAAUAAACAGAAGGCCGUUCCAGAAGGACAGGGACAAUCAAAUAAGAGCACGAGUUAUAAGUACAACCCACAAGAGGACAGUGGAGCUGGAUUCCCGAUCGAGCCGCCAAGAGCAAAACUGAAAAACGGAUAUACUCAUUCUAACUCAGUGAUUCACCCCAACGCAGUAGGGUAUUCUUGGAGUAAAAAUAUGAAGGAUGACUCAGUUCACUCAGUCCAAUCUCAACACGGUGUACAACUCACAAGACAAGGUUCUCAAGGGCGUCGACCAAUAAUAGCAGACUCGUCGGAUUAUCGAACCAAGGCAAAUGUCAGAAGUUCUAAUAAUGACUCGAUAGGCUACGUACCUAAAAGAAACAGGAUCCUUUUCUCCGGACCAUUAAUGCCUCCAGGCGGGAAUAUGGAAGACAUGCUAAAAGAGCACGAAAGACAAAUUCAAGAGGCGGUACGCAAGGCACGUCUAGACAAAGACAGAACGAAAAAGAACUCCUAUGAUUAUGAUUAGUACUGCCAAAGACCAAAGUUGUCCUAAAAGAACUGCUGCAGUUACAAGUAGAACCUGAAAAUGUAUAGCACAAAUAGACAUGUGAUGUGAAUGCCAGUUCAUAAUGGAUCGUCGGGUACCAAAUGUGAAGCAGCUGAAAGCUACUGUCCGAUUGAGACUACAGAUUCAUGUGAAGAACUUCUGAAGUUGGUAAUAGAAGCAAGGGGGCGAACUCUGUUUUCUAAGUGAACUUGUAGUCAACCCGAUGAGGAGGUUCAUCUUUUGUAUAUUACAGCAUCCAUCGGUUUAACAUUGUAGAAACAAAAAUUCAUCUUACUCUUUAACAAAUAGCUUUGGAUUAGUAAAUGCCAAUUGAGUUGUAAGAUAACAUAUAUGGUUAUGGAGAAAGGUUUUUCAUAUGUGAAAUAUUCAACAAGCUUAUCGUGUGUGUGUGUGUGUGCGUGUGUGUGUGUGUGAGAGAGAGAGAGAAACAACAUAGACGUAUAAUCUGCAAAAGCAACAAUGAUAGGGAAAAUGUUACUAAUCGAACCAAAUUUCGAGCAAAUGCAUGUUACAAAUAGCUGCAACUUAAAAUCAAAUUUCGAAAAUAAA